GCCUCUACUGUACUUACUGUGUCUGUGUGAGGAUGGCUGCAGCUAAAGAGACCUCAGGGAACCCAGUGUGAACCAGAGCACAGACCUCCACAGACCCUCUAUUCACUGCUGCCAUACUGCAGACAUCCUACCUGACCUGACCAUCUCCCAUCCUACAGACUGGACACCAUCACAGGAGCAGGACAAGAUCAGGAGUCUAAGUGGAACUUAACCUGAACAACACUUGAAACUGUCUUAUUCUUUCCUCUGCCUCUCUUGCUCUCUCUGAUUCUCUCUUUCUCUCACGUUCAUCUUUCCCAAUCCUGAACACUGAGCUGAGCCUGGAGCACUGUAUUAGGAGGAGAACAGGUGGUGAUGUCCCCUUCUCUGUACUGGUUCUUGCUGCUCUGUAGACUCCACAGUCUCUGGGCUCAGGAUGACUAUGAUGAGAGAACCGUGGACAGGAGAGCCAAGAACAAACUACUGACAACCAACGUCAUACCCAAGAAUGGCCAAUCACUUUUGAACGAUGACUGUGGCCUGGAGCUGGCCUUCCUGGUGGACAGCUCGGAGAGCGCCAAGGACAACCAUGCCCAGGAGAAGAGGUUCGCCACAGAUGUGGUUGAACGCCUGCAGGGGGUCAAUCUCCAGACGGGGCGGGCUCUCAGCUCGCGAGCCGCCCUCCUGCAAUUCAGCAGCCAUGUGAUCAUCGAGCAGACCUUCAAGCAGUGGCGCGGAUUGGCCAACUUCAAGGCUCGCAUUGCACCCAUCGGAUACAUCGGCCACGGCACCUACACCACCUAUGCCAUCACCAACCUGACAAAGAUCUACAUGGAGGAGUCAGAGCCAGGGAGCAUCAGGGUGGCCAUACUGCUGACAGACGGCAUCUCCCACCCCAGGAACCCAGACAUCUUCUCCGCCGUGGUCGACGCCAAAAACCAGGGCGUGAAGUUUUUCAUGGUGGGCAUCACGCCUGCGGCCAAUGACAUCUCCAACGUGGCACAGCUCCGCCAGCUGGCUAGCUCCCCAGCCAAUCGCUACCUCCAUAACCUUCAGGACAGGGGCAUCGUGGACAAGGUCAUCAAAGAGAUCACAGAGUUGGCUGAUGAGGGGUGUCCUCUGGCCCUGAAGUGUGCGUGUGACAAGGGAGAGAGGGGACCCAUUGGCCUCCAGGGCAAGAAGGGGAAUUCUGGAGAUGAUGGGAACCCAGGUGUUAAAGGAUCAAAGGGUGAGAGCGGGUUCAGUGGACUUCCUGGUCGAGAUGGGGAAGAGGGCAAGCCGGGCUACAAAGGAGAGCAGGGAGAGAGAGGAGAAUGUGGCACACCUGGAAUCAAAGGAGACAGGGGGCCUGAGGGGCCAGUUGGAACCAGGGGAAACAGAGGGCUACAGGGGUUACCUGGUCCAAAUGGCGAUGCCGGGCCUGAGGGUCUCAUAGGGAAAAAAGGUGAGCGGGGACUUUCUGGGCCACCUGGAAUCCAAGGAGAAACUGGGAUCGGGCUUCCUGGACACAAGGGUGAUGUGGGGUUCCAGGGGCGACUGGGGCCUCCGGGACCACCUGGCUUAGGGGAACCUGGACUACCGGGGCCUCAAGGGCCACAGGGCGUCCAAGGAGAGAAGGGUCCUAUAGGAGAAGGCUUUGCCGGGCCAAAGGGGGACCGGGGCCUGGAGGGGCCGAGGGGACCCAGAGGACAGCCUGGCGCUGGACUGAAAGGAGACAAGGGUGGCUUUGGCCCUCCAGGUUUUCCAGGGCCUGUCGGCCUGCCAGGCCUGGGCAUGCAGGGGGAGAAGGGUGUAGAGGGGCCUCGGGGGCCACCAGGGGGCAGGGGCCCACAAGGAGAUGGAUAUCCAGGGCCCAAGGGUGACCAGGGCUUACCAGGGGAGCUUGGUUCAACAGGAGAGAGAGGGGCUGGCGAACCUGGGGCUAAGGGAGAGCCAGGAGCGUCAGGAUUGGCUGGUUUUCCUGGCCUGCCAGGAGAGGAUGGGGCCCCGGGACAGAAGGGUGAACCAGGUGUUGGUGGUCUGAGGGGGCCAGAGGGAGCUGCAGGGAUUGGCACUCAGGGUGAGAAGGGAGACCAGGGCCAGAGGGGCAUUCGGGGCUUGGGUGGGCCUCCUGGAAUCACCGGGCCCUCUGGAGCAAAGGGGGAGCCUGGGACACCAGGUCGACUGGGUAUGCCAGGACUUCCAGGGCGGGGCAUCAUAGGACCUAAGGGCGAUCUUGGCCCACCUGGUCCAUCUGGACCAGUAGGAGAGACGGGCUACGGGCUGCCUGGUCCUAAGGGUGAUCGUGGAGGUCCUGGUCCGUCUGGUCCAUUUGGGCCCAAAGGCGAUGGUUAUCCUGGCCCUACGGGAACUCCUGGUCUACCGGGGCUUCCUGGUGAACCAGGCCUGGAGGGGCUGGGCAUCCCUGGACCAAAGGGCGAUAUUGGCUUCAGGGGCUUGCCAGGUGUAGCAGGCCCUCCAGGCGAGGGGCUACAAGGUCUACCGGGUGGCAUUGGACGACUGGGCCCCCCAGGGCCAACGGGGCCCCCUGGGCAGGGUAUUCAGGGGCCAAAGGGCGAGGCAGGGUCUCAGGGUGUGACGGGCCCUCGGGGGCCACCAGGGGAAGGAUUCCCAGGGGCCAAGGGUGACCGCGGCUCUGGAGGGGAGAGGGGCCUGAAGGGGGUCAAAGGUGAUUUGGGUGACCCUGGAGUUCCUGGCCAAUCAGGCAGACCGGGAUUCAAAGGCGACAUGGGCCUCACAAGAGAAGACGUCAUUAAAAUGAUCAAGGAGAUUUGUGGUUGCGGAAUCAAAUGCAAGGAGCGGCCCAUGGAGCUGGUGUUUGUCAUUGACAGCUCGGAGAGCGUGGGGCCGGAGAACUUUGAGAUCAUCAAGGACUUUGUGGCGGCCCUGGUGGACCGCGUGACGGUGGGCCGCAACGCCACCCGCAUCGGCCUGGUCCUCUACAGCCUGGAGGUCAAGCUAGAGUUCAACCUGGCGCGCCACAUGACCAAGCAGGACGUCAAACAGGCCAUACGAAAAAUCCCUUAUAUAGGUGAGGGCACCCACACGGGCACCGCCAUCCGCAAGGCCACCCAGGAUGCCUUCUACAGCUCGCGCAAGGGGGUCAGUAAAGUGGCUAUAGUUAUUACGGACGGACAGACGGAUAAGAGGGAGCCGGUGAAGCUGGAUAUUGCGGUUCGGGAGGCACAUGCAGCCAACAUCGAGAUGUACGCAUUGGGGAUCGUGAAUACAUCGGACCCCACGCAGGCCGAGUUCCUGAGGGAGCUCAACCUGAUCGCGUCGGACCCUGAUAGUGAACACAUGUACCUCAUUGAUGACUUUAACACGCUGCCAGCUCUGGAGUCCAAGCUCGUCAGCAAGUUCUGUGAAGACGAGAACGGUGAUCUGAUAUACAACCGUGUCACCAACGGCUACGGCAACAAUGGAUACAGGAACGGGAACAAUGGGAACUAUGGCAACGGGAACUAUGGCAAUGGCUAUGGGACCACCAACCAGGAGGACUUCAACAACAGGAGGCGAACAGUCACCACUACUGGCACUCAAAGUCAGGGUGGCAGGGUAGACCUAACCCAGCCUAUCAACCCUGGCACUGCCACAGUACAGAUAGGGCAGCGUGAGGGAGGCCAGGAUGGAGGUAUUUACACCCCAGAUUGGGGGACUGGUCGCGGGGACGUUCCCACGUUGAAUCGCAACACGUCCUCCUCCUCCAGAGAUUCCUCGUCUUCCAAUACAGGAGGGUCCUCUUCCUCAUCAUCAUCAUCAGGAACGUCAUCUUCAUCCUCAGGGUCCUCAGGCUCUGUCCAGUUAGUGCCUGCAUCACGACCCGCACUUCCCAAAGAGUUUGUGCCUCUGGACCCUCGCUGUGCACUGGUCCUAGACCAGGGCCCCUGUCGGGACUACAAAAUGCGCUGGUACUACGACAAGCAGGCCAACGCAUGCGCCCAGUUCUGGUACGGAGCCUGUGAGGGGAACCAGAACCGCUUCGACACAGAGGAGGAGUGCAAGAGGACAUGUGUGCAAGGCAGAGCGGGCUGAGAAGACAUCUCACUCAAUUCAGUUUUUAAACUGAUGUUCCAUGGCACCAUGUACUUCACAGUGGAAGGAGAUCAAGUCAUGACACUAUGUUGUACCUAUUGGAUAAAUGCUUGUUUGACACUCCCUAGUUCCCCCCUCCUACCCUUGAACUAAAACUCUACGCACUUAUUAUAAAUAUUCAUAUACUAAUUCCAGUGUCUGAUUUUAACUUUAAUUUUACCGCCAAUCUCUGUAAAAUGUUUCAUUAAAGGUCCAAUGCAGCCGUUUUUAUCUCAAUAUCAAAUCAUUUCUGGAUGACAAUUAAGUACCUUACUGUGGUUUGGAACUCUUUCUAAUUGGUCUAUUAACUAAUUUACCACCUGGUGAUGUCACCAUGGAAGGCCAAAACUCCAUCCCACCAAAACAGGCUGAAAUUUCAGGCACUCUUUCAAACAGCUCUUACACUAAAGGGGCAUUAUCAUCAUUUUCACAGUAAUCUUUCAACCUCAUGUGGAAACAUAUGUAAAACAUAGGCAAAUCUAGUUUUUGACUGCACUGGGCCUUUAACUUAACAUUACCAUUUUCAUUUUCAUUCAAAAUGAAUGGAUAGCUCAUCAUAUACUGUAACAUCAUUUUAACACACAAUUCAGUCAAUCUCACUCAGGUAUGUAGUUUCAACCGUACAUGCUUCCAGUGGCAAAUCAGUAUGGUCUAUAGAUUUUUUGACAGCAUCAGUAUGUAUUGUAUAUAUCUCACAUCAUAACUAUUUUAUGCUGAUCACUGAUUUUACAUUGCUAACGUAAUUGUAAUAUCUGCAUUGUUCAAACUGCGGAAUAACAACAUUGGUGCCAUAACGUGUUCUUGCAAUAAUGCUAUUCAUCUAGCUUGUGACCUAGUAUUUACACGUUUACAGAAACUAUGAGCAACUGAUACUAUAUCCAAGAAGAACCAACCCUGUAUCAACUCAGUAUGCUGUCAACAAACCAUGCUAGGUAAUGACAGCAAUGCUCUGCCAUUCAUGUCUAGGGAUAGUUUUGUGCAUUUGAAUGUUUUUCUUUUUUUUACAAAGAUUUUUAUGAGUAAAAAUGUGAUUUUUGUUUUAUGUUUGUCUGAAUUUGCGAUGUUUAUCAUACAAGUACAGUUUUCUACAUUACAAUUGUUGCCAUUUAUUUCACACUGGUUCAUGUGGAUUAUACUAUAGUUGUAUGGUGUCCUCUACUGGUGAAAUGUUGCCUUGCCUGAUGCACACUAGAAACGAGGGUUCGUCAAGGGUUCUUUGGGAAAGAUGAUGGUUCUAUGUGGAACCAUGAUGACUCAAAGAACCCUUUGAGCUCUUCAAUGGUUCUCUACAGUUCACAAAAGCGUUACUUGCUCUUUUAGUGAUAAUUAAAAUGUAGUUUCGCCGGCUCGUUAGAAUAUUUUUUUGCCGUGUUUUGCUCUUACCUCUUUUUGUGCAACCGUGAGUGAGAGUGUCAUCAUUCCAGUUUAUGUAAUCUGUUGUGUUAUGCUAUUAAGUAAUGUAUAUGUCUAUGGCCAGUGCAGUGUCUUGUGAAAGACUCACAUAUGGCCUUGUGUCAAUUGAGAACGGUUGACUAAACCAGUCAGUGGUUCUCAAUUCUCUCAUCAGGAACCCCCGGCUGUUCCAUUGGUAGCUCACUUGAUUUAGAUUGUAACUUUACACAAAUAUAACGCCUAUGUAACUUUAACGAUAUAAUAUGUGCACGUGUUGCUACUACAGGCAAAUUCAAUCAAGCUUGAUAGAGAUCACACUUAUAUUGUUGUUUUAACUAUGACCAUUUGUUCUGACAAUCUGUUUGAUAGAUAGAGGACCGUUUUGAGAUGUCAACCAUUUGUGAAACUUGUCCUAUUAACAUGGAUAGUGUAUUUGUCUACAAAUGUAUCAUGCUCUGAGAAAAUGACUUUUCAUAGAGUAAAUAAACGUCUGUGAAUUUAACUAAA